UAUUCCCUUCCCUCCUACACUUUUCUCUUCCAAAUAAAUUAAGAAAAUAAAAUAAAAUAAAAAAGAAAAAAUGGCCACCUGCAUCCUCCAACAUCUCUGCAACUCCCCAUCCAAGCUUCCCCAAACCAUCUCCUCUUCAACUUCACUUCAAUCCAAACGCCAAAACUCAUUGCUUGCUCGUCCCAUCUCCUUCUUCACCAACUCCGGCCAAAUGGACCAAGCUCUCUCCCUCUUCUCCACCGCAACCAAACCUGACACUUUCCUCUGGAACACCAUGAUCAGAGGCUUCACUGACAUUGGACUCUUCAGUGAAGCCAUUGACUUCUACCAUGCAAUGCAGGCCAUGAACACAAAGCCUGACCACUUCACUUUCCCCUUUGUCCUCAAAUCAUGCGCUGCAUUGUCAUGUUACUCUGAAGGUGUUAAGGUCCAUGCUAUCCUCUUCAAACUUGGUUUUGAUGCUGAUGUCUUCAUCUUUUUAUCUUUUCAAGAAAUGCAGUUGGUACAUGGGAUGAAACCUGAUGAGUUUGGGAUUAUGAAUGCGCUUGAAGUGGUUUGUUGUUUGGACAAGUGUGCUGGUGGCAGGCAGGGGAAAUCAGUUCAUUGCUUUGCAAUGAAAAAUGGGUUGGAUUCAGAUAUUAAAGUACAGUCUUCAGUUCUUGAUAUGUAUUGCAAAUUCGGGAACCUUCUCUAUGCCGAAAGGUGCUUUAGGAUGAUACACAAUCCAAAUGUUGUGGCUUGGAAUGCAUUGAUUGGUGGGUAUGUGAUGAAUGAGCAAGCAGACAAGGCAUUGUCAUGCUUGCGAAAAAUGCAAGUUGAUUUAAUUGAUGUGGAUGCGGUCACGCUUGUGAAUUUGCUCCCUUGUUGUGCGAACAACGAAAAGGAAAUUCAUGGCCUUGCUAUCAGGAGAAGUUUCUUGCCUCAUCUUGUUCUUGAGACUGCUCUCAUUGAUAUGUAUGCAAAAUGUGGGUCAUUGAGACAAGCAGAAUUCUUAUUCAAGUCAAUGGAUGCAAGAAGUCUUGUAUCUUGGAAUACUAUGAUUGCGACUUACGUCCAAAAUUGCAAGUACACGGAAGCAUUAGAACUGUUCCUUCAACUAUUAAAAGGAGCUCUUGAUCCGGAUCCGUUCACUUUCUCGAGUAUUAUACCAGCUUAUGCUGAAUUAGCUUCUCUUAGACAUGGAAUGCAGAUACAUGCUCUUUCUAUCAAAUUAGGUUUUGGAGGAAAUGUUGUUGUAUCAAACUCCAUCACACAUUUAUACGCAAAAUGCGGUGACAUAUGGACUUCAAGAAAGGCUUUUGACAAGAUUGAAUGCAAGGAUAUAGUCUCAUGGAAUACACUCAUCAUGUGUUAUGGAAUUCAUGGGCAGGGUAAGACAGCACUGGAUUUGUUUUCUCGUAUGAAGGAAUAUGGUUUCCAGCCUAAUGAGAGUACCUUUGUAUCAGUGCUAAGAGCUUGUAGUAUAUCUGGUUUGGUUGAUGAAGCCUGGAAACAUUUCAAAUCUAUGGAACAACAAUACGGUAUCAAUCCUCAGAUUGAACAUUAUUGUUGCAUGGUUGAUAUUCUAGGCCGCAGCGGUGAUCUUAAAACAGCAAUUGACUUCAUCGAUGGCAUGCCCAUGACCCCAACGGCGAGAUUAUGGGGUUCUUUAUUGACUGCCAGCAGGAACAACAACAACAUCGAAGUAGCAGAAUAUGCUGUUAAACAUAUCUUCGAAUUGAAUCAUGACAACACCGGCUGCUAUGUAUUGCUUGCUAGUUUGUAUGCCGAUGCUGGGAGAUUGAAAGAUGUAGAGGAUUUAACAAGACUCAUGAAGGAACAAGGCAUCCAGAGGAUUACUGCUAGAAGUAUGGUUGAGCUUAUUAGUAAAACUUGCAGUUUUGUUGAUGGAGAUAAGACCCAUAAAGAAAGCUAUCUAAUCCAUAAAGUGUUUGACAUUCUUCAAUCUCAGAUAUCUGCAAGUGAAGGCAGUUUGCGGAGAAGACAUAGUGUGAGACUAGCAGUGAGCUUUGGUCUGAUUUCAUCGUCAGUUGGGAUGCCAAUUUUGGUUAAAAAGAAUGUCAGAGUUUGCAAUGAAUGUCACAGUGCUAUGAAGGUGAUAUCAAAGUUUAGCAGAAGAGAGAUUAUUGUGGGGGAUUCAAAGAUUUAUCAUCACUUCAGUAAUGGAAUUUGUUCAUGUGGUGAUUAUUGGUAAUGUAAAUCAGAAACUUUGCUUCUCGUGACACUAAUGUAUAUAGGCAUAAAACAUACGAUAAGUAUAUUCUACUCGUGAACGGAGGUUUCAACAACAUUUCGGUUUUAUUGGAGAGGAAGAUGAAGAUACAUGCAAAUUUUGAAGCUUUUUGGAGGUUUGGAAUUGAUUAAUUUAGUUGUUAUAUUUCAACAUAAGUCCAAAAUUGGGUUCUGAACUAUGUCCAAAUCUUUCAUGCUGUUGAUAAUAUGACAAUCUGUUUUUAGAAUGGAUUAUAUCACUUUCUAAUUCGAAGAAAGUGUCGAAAAAAGAUGAA